AAAGUUAAAAGUUUUCAGUCAGACGCCAUUUCACAUCAGAGCAGAAGGAGGAAAACAGUCUGAGGAAGUGUUACUGGUUUACCUCUCGGACUCCAGAAGAUGAAGAAAGAGGAGGAAGAGGAGGAAGAGGAGGACGGAGCAGAGUCUGUAAUAUCCAGCUGUCUGUCUAUGAAGAGUGACCGGUCUAAAGGUCGUCCUCCAACCUUCAGUAAUGAACCUGGACCCUCAGACACAAAACAGAGAGCAGAGUCUGUAAUAUCCAGCUGUCUGUCUAUGAAGAGUGACCGGUCUAAAGGUCGUCCUCCAACCUUCAGUAAUGAACCUGGACCCUCAGACACAAAUGUUACUGGUUUACCUCUCAGACUCCAGAAGAUGAAGAAAGAGGAGGAAGAGGAGGACGGAGCAGAGUCUGUAAUAUCCAGCUGUCUGUCUAUGAAGAGUGACCGGUCUAAUGAACAACCUCUAAACUUCAGUAAUGAACCUGGACCCUCAGACACAAAAGAGAGGAAGAGGAGGGCUGUUUCUGUGGAGGAGCAGCUGUCCUGCUGUUCUUUGUGUCAGGACGUCCUGAAGGAUCCAGUCUGGGACCAGUCUGCUUCAUCAGGAGACUCCUCCUGUCCCAAGUGUGCAGAAAGAUCCAGAACCAGACCUGGACUGCAGACAGACAGUCAGACCAGCACUGUACAAACAGAAAGUGGUCUGCAGGAGGUUUUAGAUGAACAUCAGAUCAGUCUGAUCAGCACAUGUGAAUGUGUGACUCAAGGAACUGAUGAAGCAGGAAGUGAAAUCCUCCUCAUCAGCAUCUUCACUGAGGUCCACAUCACAGAGGGACAGAGUGAAGAGGUUAAUACCCAACAUGAGGUGAGGCAGCUUGAAACAGCUUCCAAGAUGAAGCUCCAUGACGCUCCAAUCAAGUGUCAGGACAUCUUUAAAGUCUUACCUGACCAACAGAAACACAUCAGAGUGGUUCUAAUGAACGGCAUCGCUGGCGUUGGAAAAACCUUCUCAGUGCUGAAGUUCACUCUGGACUGGGCACAGCGCUCCAACAACCAAGAUAUCAGUCUGCUGAUUCUGUUCUCGUUCAGGUCGCUGAACUUGAUCAAAGAUGAGCAGUACAGUCUGCUCAUGCUGAUCCAUGUUUUCUAUCCAACAUUACAGAAGCUCACAGCAGAGAAGCUCGCUGUCUGUAAAGUUCUGUUCAUCUUUGACGGCCUGGAUGAAAGCAGACUUUCACUGGAUUUCAACAACAGUGAGGUCGUGUCUGAUGUCACACAGAAGACAUCAGUCAGCGUGCUGUUGACAAACCUCAUCAAGGGGAAGCUGCUUCCCUCGGCUCUCGUCUGGAUCACUUCCCGACCUGCAGCAGCCAAUCAGAUCCCUCCUUCAUGUGUGGACAGAGUAACAGAAGUACGAGGCUUCACUGACGCCCAGAAGGAGGAGUACUUCAGGAGGAGAUUCAGUGAUGAAGAGCAGUCCAGCACAAUCAUCUCACACAUCAAGACAUCCAGGAGCCUCCACAUCAUGUGUCACAUCCCAGUCUUCUGCUGGAUCACUGCUACAGUUCUGGACCACAUGUUGACUAGAGACCAUAGAGGAGAGCUGCCCAAGACCCUGACUGACACUUACUCACACUUCCUGCUGGUUCAGACAAAGAGGAAGAAGAACAAGUAUGAUGAAGGACAUGAGACGAGUCCACAGAAGCUGACGAAGGCUGACAGGAAACUUCUUCUGAAGCUGGGGAGGCUGGCGUUUGAACAACUGGAGAAAGGAAACAUCAUGUUCUACCAAGAAGACCUGGAGCAAUGUGGUCUUGAUGUCACAGAGGCCUCGGUGUUAUCAGGAGUUUGUACACAGAUCUUCAAAAGAGAGAGUGUGAUCUUCAAGAAAACAGUCUACAGCUUUGUUCAUCUGAGCGUUCAGGAGUUUCUGGCUGCAGUCUACAUGUACCACUGUUACACCAGCAGGAAGAUAAAGGUACUCAAGGACUUCCUGGGAGAAAAACACAGUUACUCAUCUCUGGAUGACUUCCUGAAGGGAGUCAUGAAUAAAUCUCUCAGAAGUAAAAAUGGCCACCUGGAUCUGUUUGUCCGCUUCCUUCAUGGUCUCUCGCUGGGUUCCAACCAGAGUCUCUUAGGAGGCCUACUGGGUCAGACAGACAACAGUCCAGAAACCAUCCAGAGAGUCAUCAACAACCUGAAGGAGAUGAACAGUGGUAAUAUAUCUCCUGACAGAAGCAUCAACAUCUUCCACUGUCUGAUGGAGAUGAACGACCGCUCAGUACAUCAGGAGAUCCAAGAGUUCCUGAAGUCAGAAUACAGAUCAGAGAAACUCUCUGAUAUCCAGUGCUCAGCUCUGGCCUACAUGCUGCAGAUGUCAGAGGAGGUUCUGGAUGAGUUUGACCUGGAGAAGUACAACACAUCAAAGGAGGGACAACGGAGACUGAUCCCAGCUGUGAGGAACUGCAGAAAGGCUGUACUUUAUGACUGUGGACUCUCAGAGACUCACUGUGAUGUUUUGGCCUCAGCUCUGAAGUCCAACUCCUCCCAUCUGACAGAUCUGGACCUGAGUAAAAACAACCUGUAUGAUUCAUCAGUGAAGCGUCUGUCUGCUGGACUGGAGAGUCCAAACUGUAGACUGAAGACUCUGAUAUUGUAUGACUGCUGGUUGUCAGAGAUCAGCUGUAAUUAUCUGGCCUCAGCUCUGAAGUCCAACCCCUCCCAUCUGAGAGAUCUGGAUCUGAGCUACAACAACCUGAAGGAUUCAGGAGUGAAGCAGCUGUCUGGUUUUCUGAAGAGUCCAGACUGUAAACUGGAGACUCUGAGAUUGUUUGACUGCAGUUUGUCAAAGAUCAGCUGUAAUUCUCUGGCCUCAGCUCUGAAGUCCAACUCCUCCCACCUUAGAAAGCUGGAGCUGAGUGGAAACAACCUGAAGGAUUCAGGAGUGAAGCAGCUGUCUGGUGGACUGGAGAGUCCAGACUGUAAACUGGAGACUCUGAUAUUGUUUGGCUGCAGUUUGUCACAGAUCAGCUGUGAUUAUCUGGCCUCAGCUCUGAAGUCCAACUCCUCCCAUCUGAGAGAGCUGAAUCUGAGAGGAAAUGACCUGAAGGAUUCAGACGUGAAGCAGCUGAUUGAUCUUCAGCAGAGUCCAGACUGCAGACUGGAGACUCUGAGAUGGAAGUGAUCUCUGUCAGAGUGAGAGUGAACAUCCAGGAGUGUUGAGAGAGGAUCAGCUGGAUCCUGAUGAUCCAUCUGGAGUCUUGAUCUGGAUUUUGUCGUCUUCACUUAAGUCUCUUAACUGACUACAAACUGAACAGUUAUCUCUGGAUUUAGCUGAAAUAAAAAACAGGUGUUAUAAGUCAGACUGUGAGCCUGGGCUCAUAUUUAUCAAGCGUCUCAGAAUCACACUGAGAGUUAACGAGGACUAAAACUAAUGAAUGAAGCAGAAGAGAAUUGACUGUGACUUUCAGCAGGAGAAGGAUUACUGCUGGGAGAGAGUGAGACGCGGCUGUUUUACCACAGU